GAGUCCAGCCCACAAUUGGCUAUAAAUAAUUCCAACAGACGUCUCUCCCUUCACUCUCACCCGUCGCUUCUCUUCUUCUCCUGCUCCUUUACUCGGCGUAGAACCAGUCUUUGGUGUUUUCCGGUUCUACCUCCGCAACGCACAAAUGGCAUCUCACAUUGUUGGAUAUCCCCGCAUGGGCCCCAAGAGAGAGCUCAAAUUUGCUUUGGAAUCUUUCUGGGAUAAAAAGAGCAGUGCUGAGGAUUUGAAGAAGGUGGCUGCUGAUCUCAGGUCUUCCAUCUGGAAACAGAUGGCUGAUGCUGGGAUCAAGCACAUUCCUAGCAACACCUUCUCAUACUACGAUCAGAUGCUUGAUACUACCGCAAUGCUAGGGGCUGUUCCCUCUAGAUAUGGUUGGAAUGGUGGUGAGAUUGAGUUUGACACCUACUUCUCCAUGGCCAGAGGGAAUGCCUCUGUUCCUGCUAUGGAAAUGACUAAGUGGUUUGACACCAACUACCAUUUCAUUGUUCCUGAAUUGGGACCAGACACAAAUUUUUCUUAUGCUUCUCACAAGGCAGUUACUGAAUACAAAGAAGCCAAGGGGCUUGGAGUUGACACUGUUCCAGUUCUCAUUGGUCCUGUUUCCUACCUUCUGCAAUCAAAACCAGCUAAGGGUGUAGAGAAAACUUUCUCUCUUCUUUCCCUCUUGGACAAGAUUAUUCCAGUCUACAAGGAGGUUGUGACCGAAUUGAAGGCGGCUGGUGCUUCCUGGAUUCAGUUUGAUGAGCCCACCCUUGUGUUGGAUCUUGAUUCUCACAAAUUGGAAGCAUUCACGAAGGCCUACUCUGCACUAGAAUCAUCUCUAUCUGGUUUGAAUGUUCUCAUCGAGACCUACUUUGCUGAUGUUCCAGCUGAGGCAUACAAAACUCUCACCUCUUUGAAGGGUGUUACUGGAUUUGGGUUUGACCUUGUUCGUGGAACAAAGACCAUUGAUUUGAUCAAGGGUGGAUUCCCUUCUGGCAAAUACCUCUUUGCUGGAGUGAUUGAUGGAAGGAAUAUCUGGGCUGAUGAUCUUGCUUCAUCUCUCAGUACCUUGCAGGCCCUUGAGGGCAUUGUGGGAAAAGACAAGCUUGUUGUCUCCACUUCAUGCUCACUUCUCCACACUGCUGUUGACCUUGUAAAUGAGCCUAAGCUGGACACGGAAAUCAAGUCAUGGCUUGCAUUUGCUGCACAGAAAGUUGUUGAAGUGAAUGCCUUGGCGAAGGCACUGGCUGGACAGAAGAAUGAGGAAUACUUCUCUGUUAAUGCCGCUGCUCUGGCUUCAAGAAAAUCCUCACCAAGGGUGACAAAUGAAGCUGUUCAAAAGGCUGCUGCUGCUUUGAGGGGCUCAGACCACCGCCGUGCUACAAAUGUGAGUGCCAGACUGGAUGCUCAGCAAAAGAAGCUGAACCUUCCAAUCCUUCCGACCACAACCAUUGGGUCUUUCCCACAGACAAUCGAACUUAGAAGGGUUCGCCGUGAGUACAAGGCUAAGAAGAUCUCUGAGGAGGAAUACGUUAAGGCCAUCAAGGAGGAAAUCAGCAAGGUUGUCAAGCUUCAGGAGGACCUCGACAUUGAUGUCCUGGUCCAUGGAGAGCCCGAGAGGAACGACAUGGUUGAGUACUUUGGAGAGCAGUUGUCCGGUUUCGCCUUCACCUCAAAUGGAUGGGUACAAUCUUAUGGGUCCCGGUGUGUCAAGCCACCUAUCAUUUAUGGUGAUGUUAGCCGUCCCAAGGCCAUGACUGUGUUCUGGUCCUCGAUGGCUCAGAGCAUGACCAAACGCCCAAUGAAGGGUAUGCUGACAGGCCCUGUCACCAUUCUCAACUGGUCCUUUGUAAGAAACGACCAGCCAAGAUUUGAGACCACCUAUCAGAUUGCUUUGGCAAUCAAGGACGAGGUUGAAGAUCUUGAGAAGGCUGGUAUUAAUGUCAUCCAGAUUGAUGAGGCUGCAUUGAGAGAGGGUUUGCCUCUUAGGAAGUCUGAGCAAGCUUUCUACUUGGACUGGGCAGUUCACUCUUUCAGAAUUACCAACUGCGGUGUUCAGGACACCACACAGAUCCACACCCACAUGUGCUACUCUAACUUCAACGACAUCAUCCACUCCAUCAUUGACAUGGACGCAGAUGUGAUUACAAUUGAGAACUCGCGAUCAGACGAGAAGCUCCUCUCUGUCUUCCGUGAGGGAGUGAAGUAUGGUGCUGGUAUUGGACCUGGUGUGUAUGACAUCCACUCCCCCAGGAUCCCAUCAGUCGAGGAGAUUGCUGACCGCAUCAACAAGAUGCUUGCUGUGCUUGAGACCAACAUUCUCUGGGUCAACCCAGACUGUGGGCUGAAGACCCGCAAGUACGGUGAGGUUAACCCUGCACUCAGCAACAUGGUUGCAGCCGCCAAGCUCCUCCGCACCCAGUUGGCCAGCGCUAAGUGAAAUGAUGGAUGAUAUGUGGAAGUGGAUUUGUGUGUGCUCGCUCAUUCGCCUGAUCUCAUUCUUGAUUUAGAAGAAAUUCUUCUGUAUGCUCAAAUGAUUCCUUGGCUUUGUAUUACAAAUUAGUAUAAGUAUUUUAAAUCUUUCCGGAGCAAAUUAGGUCUGCUCUCCCGGGCAAAUUCACCCCCAUCCCUGGCUUCUUUUGUCUUUGUUAUUUUCUCUUUUUGAGGAUUUUGUGUUUUCUAUUACCUGAAAAGCCAAUGAGGACCCUAGUGUACCUUGGGUCCUUGAUCAAUGGAAACUCAAAAGAAAACUAUUAGUUGUCU